GAAAGAGGGAAAUUUAAAACUCGACGGCGUUAGUCACAAAAAACACAAACAACCGGAAUAAAUCGUCUCAAAACGAUUCGAGGAUGAGCUCAAACUGACAUCUUCAUCCUUGAAUGUAAAGGUCGCUUCACACCAACAUGAAGAAGGCGGCGAGGAGGUCGCAGGUCACAGACAGCUCCAGAAAGCAGGAGGAGUGCUGUGUUCUCUGCAGGCUCAGUGAUGAUGAUCCGGCCAUAUUUGGGGAGAAAGUCACACUCAAAGAGCACAAACUCUCUGUCCACUACUUCUGUUUGCUGACAUCCAGUGGAGUCUACCAGCGAGGACAGGAGGACGAGGGCGUCUUUGGUUUCCUGGUGGACGACAUCAAACAGGAGAUCCGCCGGUCGGCUCGACUGACCUGUUACUGCUGUAAGAAGAAGGGUGCGUGUGUCGGCUGUAACGUCAGAAGCUGCAGGAAGACGGUCCACUUCCCCUGCGGGAGGAAACAGAGAUUCAUCUCUCAGUUCACUGAACUCUUCCCGUCUUAUUGUCCGGAUCACAGUCCCACUCAGUCUCUGUGUGUGGGUUUAGACCUCAGUCUGCCUCAGUCCUGCUCCAUCUGUUUGGAGUCCAUCAACCCCGUCCUCUGCUACUCCCUGCUCAAAUGUCCAUCCUGCCACGCCAGCUGGUUCCACCGGGACUGUGUGCAGCGUCAGGCGCACAGUGCCGGCCUCUUCUUCUUCAGGUGUACGCUCUGUAACAACAAGGAGGACUUCCAGGAGGAGAUGCUCCGGAUGGGAAUAUACAUCCCAGAGAGAGAUGCCUCAUGGGAGUUGGAGCCAAAUGCAUAUUCAGAGCUGCUGGAGGUGUAUAAACGCUGUGACGCUCUCACCUGCCUCUGCAACGACGGACGGACACACUGCGCCAAGACCGGCUGGUUCGAGGUGAUUCGCUGCCGGCUCUGUGGGUCUGGAGGGACUCACAGGAAGUGUUCGGGGCUGAAGUUGGACACCAGAGACUGGGCCUGCAGCGACUGCACGCAGGCCACUGAUGGGAAAGCUUCACUGGUGGCUUCUCCUCAUGGAGGUCAGAGGCGGAGUCUGCUGUCCAAGCGCCACCUGUCCCCCAUCCACUCCUCCAUCAGCUGUAAGAGACCAUCGUUACCUGUAGGAUCUGGAUCUGGAUCACCUGAGGACUUCCUGCGGGCGUUGGCCCCUCAGCUGCGUCCCCUCAGUGUCCAGGUGGAGGUGUGUGGGGAUCAGGCUCUGGCUGCCGGUGUGCAGCUGGUGAGGGGGGCCGACUUCGACCCCACACACACUCUGUCUGUCAGCUUCAAAGACGACCAGCAGACCGCUUUUCCCAGCAGCCACCAGGACAGCGUCACGGCCAAGCAGUACUUCCUGAAGCUGCUGACGCAGCAGAUCCAGGAGUCUGUGGUCUUUGAGGGUCCAGACGGAUCCAAAAACCUGGCGCUGGACUCGCAGGCUCUGCGUGAGGACCUGUACUUUGACGUCGGCUGUCUCCUGGCUCUGUCUCUGGUUCACGGCGGUCCUCCUGUCGGCUUCUUCUCUCACACUCUGUAUCAGUGUCUGUUCAACUAUCCGCCCAAUCAGCCGCUCAGCGUCGCGCACAUGACCCCCGACACGCACUUCACCCACCAAGUCAGCAGGAUCGCGGAGGCGGAGUCUUUAGACGAGCUGAAAAAAGUCAUGGCGUCCAGUUGGGAAUACCUGGAGCUGGCCGGCUGCAACCGACCAAUCAGCAGCCUGCAGGAGCGAGACGCUCUGGUGGAAGAUCUGGUGAACUUCACUGUGAUCACCAGGAUGCAGCUUCCACUGCAGAGGUUUCGGGCGGGUCUGCAGACGCUGGGCGUCUUUGAUCAGGUGCAGCUCUUCCCGUCCGUGUUCUGCGGUGUUUUCUGUGAGGCGACGGUUCGGCUCACGGCUCAGACGCUCGGUCAACUCUUCACCGUCAACUUCUCGCAGCGGGAGGACAGACUGAACAGAGAGACGGCCGUCAUCAGCUUCUGGAGACACUUCCUGCUCGAGUGCGAAGUCGGGAGGAGCUCCAUCUCCCUUCAGGACCUUCUUCGCUUCGCCACAGGAGCUGAGGAGCUCCGACCCUCCGGCCUCCUCCCUACUCCCUCCAUUUCAUUCCUCCACCCCAUCAUCUCCUCCCCACCAGGAGCCGAGCAGGAGGAGGGGGAAGGAGGAGGAGGAGGAGGAGGAAAGAAGGGAGCGCUCAGACCAGGGAGGGAGGUGUGGAGGGAUGAGGGGCUGUUUCCUCAGAGGGAGCCCGGCUCCAAACUCCUCCUCCUGCCCGUCACCUCCUCCUACCAGGCCUUUAAAAGCGCCAUGGAGCAGGCCAUCAGUCACCAUGUGCACCUCCUCCCCACAGAGAGCUAGAGGAGGAGGAAGAGGAGGAGCGUGGACAGCUGUUAGAUUCCUCCCCCUUCAUGCAGCGUUACGCCUCCAUCUUGGAUUUUAAAUGUUCUCUGAUUGGUCCGGUUCUUAAAGGGUCAUUCUGGUGUGACUCAACAUGUUUGUCCGUCUCUCAUUACUGUCUGACUUCCUGUCUGUGUCUCUCAGCCCGUUGGUUCCUACUGAAGUUUAAACACUUGUCACAAAUAUUUAGUCUCUUGUUUAAAAGCUUCAGUAGUUUCCUCAAACAGCUGCUGUCUGUAGUUUUUAUCAGACGAACAGGAGUAGGUAGAACAUCUGCUGGGACUAUUUUCAGUGGCGGAUGAAUCCACAGUUUGUGGCAGCAGGACGAUGUGUGUGUGAGAGACUGAGGCAGACAGUGAUGACGGAACAUAUCAGCCGGUGUCGUGUUCCUUUAAGUUCAUCUUAAACAGAGAAGAGCAAAAACACACCGAACCAUCAAUACCAAAUAUUUACAAACUCUAAUAUUAAAGCAUUAAAAGCUGCAUUCAUUUCACAUUUUGGCCACUUGGGGGCAGCAGAGAAAGCGUUACGUUAUAACGAACACAGAGCAACGUUAGCAUUUACUCUGAGCGCUGUUGGAGGCCUUUUAGCUCCGGUUUCUGCAUCACAUCUGUCUCUGCUUCACUGAUGAGAAACAUCAGGUUUAAAACCGAUUUAGAGAAGAAAAGCAAGAAGCAAGUGUUCAGAUGCUUCAGCUGGAAACCGGCAGAACGUCCAGCUGCUGGACGCGAACGCUUGAAUCCUCCUAAACUGGCCUUUUUGAAACCUUUUUCUCUGCUCUUGCCUUAAACAUGCAGCUCAGAUGGUUUAUGAUCAAUUAUCUUCUAUGUUUUCCAGUUUAAAAACUAUGGUGCUACUUGUAUAACGUUGCCUAUAAGAGCUUCUUUUACUUCACUUGUAUUUUUGUUGUACGUUGUUUUUUAAGGCUUCGCUGAUGCUGAGAUUUUCUGUUUGUGCUUGUUGUUUUUUAACUUUUGGAGAAUGAACACAGUGUGAAGUGCAGGCGUCGGAUGGGACUGAUCUCAUUCUGACACCGUUUGUCCUCUCGUGUCAUGUGACGUCUGAGACUUCCUGCCACUGUGUUUAUUAUCUAAUGUCAAAUGUUUUUCUUCAGGAAAGUCUUGAGGGUCACUUGUCAUGUCCAAACCUUUGUGUUUUGUCAAAACAAUGUUAUGUUUAAAAAAAUAUAUAAAUUUACUCAAUAAAAUUACAGGAACU